AUGCGGGCCCACGAAGGCGCGCCAUCCGGGACCGCGGGGUUGCCGACCGUACACGCGCCUGUCUGGUUUGCCUGCUGCGGCGUGCUGCUGUUCUGCUGUUCCACCUGCACUGCUGACUCCUUAUUGCUUCUUGAUGACCCUAAAGAGUCGUACGAUCACACUCGCAUUGCCUGCGCCACUCAUGGCGGGUAUCUUGUGGCGGCAAGCAGUGCGGCGAUUGAGGAAAAAUAUGUCUCUCUGAUGCGGACCAAGGUGGAAGAUGUGAAUAAAGUCGUUGCCUUCCUUGCCGGGAGCCGUGACAAAUGUGGAUUGGCUCUGCGCGAAGUUGCCAGCUGCGAGUGGUGCUGGCGGGAUAACUGGCAGGAGAAAUGUGCACCACAUUCUGUCUUUUACCGUUCGUCCCUGCGACUUUGGGGUCGACCGACGCCUGGCAUGUACGUGAAUUGGGCCCCGUUCUAUCCUCUUGGCCCCAAAAACAGCCAGUUCGUUGCAUACGACUACCGUAGGGGCGGCUGGAUUAGCGCACCCUACCAGUACAAUAUGGUGACGCAUGCGUUGUGCCGCACCCUCGACCCCCACCCUUCCUCCACCCACGCGCCUAUCCCCAAAACAACGACGCAGGCUCCUGGUUCAACCUCGGGUUCCUCCCGGUCAGGCGAAGAGUUGAAUCUGGCUAAAAGAACUGGCGUGACGGGCAACUGGUGGGCCAUUUUUGCCGCUAUCUAUCUCUUAUUCAGCACGCUGGCGUCGGCUCUGUCGUACCUUAUCCUGCGGCCCGACCCCGAUAAGGAGGGACACGUCAAUGAACAAUCUUCACGGGAUGAGUCAGAACUGGACGAGUGA